AUGGGCACGGGCAGAACUGACGACGUCCACACGCCCAUCGACAUGGUGUUCGGAGAGAGGGACGUCGACCCAAACGAAGUGGAAAGGAUUAAGGCCGUUCUCAACAUCUUUGACCAGGGAAAUGGGAUGGGCAUAUGCACCCUAAUGGGCGCGAAGCGGGCGCACUUCGCCUUCAAGUACAACGGCUAUUUAAGUCACUUUCACGGAAUUAAAAAUUAUUUGAGGUUCCUCAUUAACAAGCACUACCCUGGAGCCAAGGUCACCCUAAUUAGCGAGCACUGGAUUGACGCGAUCGACGAAUCCGUGUGUGUCAGGCAUAGCAAUAUUCCCUUUUCGAAAAUAGGACACCAAAGACGACUGAUCUUUAACAAGUACGAUUAUAUUUACGAAAAUGACAAGAACAGGCGGAUAUAUAAAGCGGAAAAUCGAAGCAACGUGUGGGCCUUCCACGACGACCCGCAGAUGUUGACCUAG